AUGGCAGAUGUUAGAAAAGAAUCAACCCUACCGGGUGCGCAUCUGUCUAUUGCUGCACUUAUCGUAUCGCUGGGAGGAUCUGCCAACUUUGCCUACCACCUGAUCAUCACCAACCCGGCGCAAGAUGCCUUCAUGCGUUUUGUGUCGGACUCUUUUUUUAAUAAGCAUGGCCGGAGGUUGACGUUUGAGCAGCUUGAGACUACAUGGUCUAUAAUCGUCUCCAUCCUUUAUUGGGGCACGAUGGUGGGCGCGCUGUUGAUUCAGACGUUUUCCAAGCAUCUCGGCCGGAAACGAGCACUAACGGUGGCGAAUGUGAUGCAGGCCUUUUCAGUGUCUUUGGCAAUCUAUUCGUAUUUUGCGACAGACUACAUUUUAUACACGAUUUCGAGGUUUCUGCUGGGGAUAGCGCAGGCGUUGGCGCUGGGAAUAGGACCGAUGUAUAUCAUGGAGUGCAGUCCUGCGCGAUGCCGGGGUGUCAUUUCUCUAUCUACCGGCCUCAUCAUGCAGUCUUUCAUCGUACUCGCCGCCAUCGUCGCCUUGCCGAAGAUGUGGGGCAACGACGAGGACUGGUGGUACCUCUACGCCUUUGAACUCGUCGAACUAGUGCUGGUCACGAUACUCUCCCAAUUUCUGCCAGAAAGCCCUCCCGUGCUACAGCUCCAAGGAAAACACGCAGAGGCCCAGAAAAGCAUCCAGUAUUAUCAUGGUGUUUCACAGGUUGAGGCAGAGGGACUACUAUCCACCGAAGAAGUCCCCGUCGAACGGGUUAAGGAUUUGGGAUUGUUUGAGGUGCUCUUCAAGGCCGAAUCGCGAAAGGGCACCGUCCUCGGCUGCACGGCCAUGUUUGCUAUGUGUUUCAGUGGUCUAGUAGUCGUAAAUGCGUUUGCCAUCGAAAUUCUGCGCAACACGGGUCUUUCCGAGGAUUCGGCCGCCUAUGCGAAUGUUGGAAUUUGUUUGAUAUCGGUGGUCGGCAUCCUAAUCGCCGCCAUGGUUGUCGAGCGCUUCGGCCGUCGUCCAUUGGUGCUAUUCGGGAUUUUUGGAUGUGCCGUCGCAAACGUGGCAAUUUUCGGCUUCAUGUUCGGAUAUGAGAAGACUGGGAACCAAACCCUCGGCUGGUGUCUGGUCGCUACCAUUUGCAUCUUCAUCCUGAUCUGCUGCUCCACAAUUGCUCCGCUAUCAUUCUUUUUGACGAGUGAACUCGUUGAUGCUAAAGCCAGACCUGCGGCAGCUACAUGGGCUAAUUUGAUCCUGGCUGCAAGCCGUUCCAUCCUGUUGGCCCUGUUUCUGCCGCUCAAACUGUGGCUAGGAGCUCCAACGACCUAUUUAAUUUUGUUCGUCCCGCCGCUCGUCUUCUGCUUCAUCUUUUUGUACUAUCGAUUACCGGAGACGAAGCAUGGCAAGAAGGAGGCUGAUGGCCAGAUUAAGUUCAUCGACGAGGAA